CCGAGCGACUUCCUCCCAACCGAACGACACGGAAGUAAACAAACCAAACGUGAACUGGGACCGUAUUAACUGCAGCAACUGGAGAAACUGGUUUUUCUUUUCUUUCUCUUUUAAACUUGUCGCAAUGAGUCUCUGAGGCACCGUGACCGCAUACGCAGGUUUGACAACAAACAGACAAGCCAGCGGGUAAAGCGCGAAGUUAGCUAACAUUUACCCAGAAGAAGCUAACAACAGCAGGAUCGUUUGGCGCCUUUUGGAUGAAGAGCGUCGACAGCUUCAACUGAUCGACAACAAAAAGAAAAGAAGAAAAUGGAUGUCAGCACGGACGACCUGCUGAGCUCCGCGGUCCACGACUCUCCAGCAGCAACGCAGCGACCAAGCUCACAUGAGUCAGUAUCAAAUGACGAUAAUAUUGUUUAUCGCAAUCAUUUCUGAGACGAUACAUCGUGCAACGAAUGUCGUCGUUAUCGUGACAGGCCCCGUGACAGCAGCAGGAAACGGCAGCUCCAGCUCCGAUGACUUUGUACCUCUUUCAAAACUCCUGUCAAGGCGACAAACCUCUGGGCACUCCUCCUCCUCCGACGACGACGAGCCGCUUGUCAAGAAGAAAACAAAGUCAGCGCCCGCCAAGAAACCAGGGAAAAAAGAAAACGCAUCAUCCAGAUCUAAUGGCACGAAGAAGAAUGCAGAUUUAAACACAGGCGGCAGCUCAGACGAUGAGCCUCUGGUUAACAUCGCUAAAGCUGCGAAGAAGCCUCCGAAAAGAUCCAUUGAUACAAAGAAAAAAGCGUCUGAUCACUCGUCCGACGACGAGCCGCUGAUAAAGAUGAAAACCUCCCUGAAAUCUGCUAAGAAACCGGAGAAAAAAGAAAACUCUUCUUCCAGAUCUAAUUGCCCCAAUAACAACAAGAACAAGAACAACAACAGCACAGACGACAGCUCCGACGAUGAGCCUCUGAUAAAGAUCGCCAAAGUGUCAAAGAAGCAGUUCUCAGCGCCUCCAAAAAAACGUGUCAAUACAAGGAAGAAAGAUUCACCAGCUGACGAUGACAGCGUGGACGACGAGCCUCUGAGUGAAAUGGCGAAGAAACUUCGAUCAAAACGUCAGACCAAAUCUGUCAGAAAAGCGAGCCCACUUGUGAAAUCCAAAAGGAAUGCGGCGAGGAUCGCGGUGAAAUAUGCAGAGUCGUCCAGCGACAGCUCCGACGAUGAACCACUGGCAACGAUUAAGACAAAGGCUUCUGACGAGCGAAGGACUUCAGCGAACAACAAGAAGACAAAAACGAAACUUGCUGACAAAUCACUGAAAGACUGCAGCUCUGAUGAUGAUGAUGAUGAUGAUGUUGAUGAUGAUGAUGAUGAUGAUGACGAUGAGCCCUUGGUGAACCUCGUUGCCAAUAAAAAGAAGCCAGUGAAGAAAAACACAAAGAAGACAACCGAAGCACAAGGCGAUGCGUCGAAUAAGAGACGAGGACUGACGGACGAAAGCACAGACGACGAGCCCUUGAUUCGCCUCGUGAAAAAGAACCACAAAGACAAACAAACCAAAACAAAGGCUUCGACUCUGAAAAAGAAGAACACAGCUCCCGAAAAGCCGAGGAAGAGGCUUGCGUCAGGCGAAGGUUUGUCAAGUAACAGUUCUGACGACGAACUCUCAACCGAAGCAGCCAAACACCCACAGUUGACCAAAAUCCUGAGAAUAAUCCUGGAGAGGUGUGACGGUGAAGACGACGCCGGGCCAACGGGGAGCCUUAACAAAUCCACAACAGCAGAAAAAGUGGUGGCUGAAGAGCCCACGAAGAAAGAAUCAGAGGCUUCAGAGAAAUCAUCAUCAGAAGAAGAAGAAUAAGCAUAAAUAUCACCUAAAAAAAACCCAUCAACCAUAAAUGUUCUACAGUAUGAAGUUACUGUAUGUUUUUUAUAUAUAAAUAUGAUUAUAUACAUGUUAAAUUAAGUGUUUUUACUCCAGAUUUUUGGGGGUUUGGGACCAGCAUUUGCCGGUUUCCUGAAAGAUUAAAUGCACAGUGUUUUAAUGUUGUUUUACUAUUCGUGCCUGUUGUUUUCACAUUAGCUGUUUCCUCUGAUUUUAAUUUUUCUAAGAAAAUUAUUUGACACUCGUUUGAUGUAAGGUACAUUUCUGCUUUCACACUUAAGUGCACACUCGGCAUGCGGCAGUGAAAAAAAAAAAUCUGUUGUAGUUAAUUAAAACCGUUUAUCAGAUGA